AUUUAAAUUCUCCCUUGGACCUUACGGCACCCGAAUUUUCCCGUGAACAACCUAAAACCACUUUCUCGCCACCCAAACACUCCCAAAACCCCUAACUUUAUUUCCUUUUUCUUUCAUUUUUUUACUUCAAUAUAUUUAUAUCUUCUUCCGACGACUCAAAAAGGUAAAGCCUUUUCUCUUCUUAUACCUAUAGAUAAAUAUAUAUAUAUAUAUAUAUAAUCAGUCACUGAUGUCGUCGGAACCCUCGGGUGAGUCCCAGGCGCCGCUGCUCCAGCGUCGGCAGGGCGCCGACGAUGGGAAUUCCGAGUCCAUCGCCUCCGCGGCUCGGCCCGCUACGUUGGCGAUGCUGCUAGGAAGGGCGACGGGGCGACGCGGAGCGUCCAUGCUGGUGAGGGAGACUGCGGCGAGGGAGCUGGAGGAGCGCCGCGCCGAUUGGGGGUACUCGAAACCGGUGGUGGCCCUGGACAUGAUGUGGAACACCGCUUUUGUGGUGGUGUCCGUGGUGAUGCUCAUCAUGACCGUCCAUGAGAGGCCUAACUCGCCGAUCCGUCUCUGGAUUUGUGGCUACGGUGUCCAGUGUGUCGUCCAUGUCGUGCUGGUUGGUCUUGAGUUCCAUAGGAGGAAUGCUAGGAGGCGCAGAAAUCAGGAAUCGCCGGAAGCUGCAGAUAAUUCCGGGAACGACUCCGACGAGGAAGACGAGUACGGUCAGAGGAGUAUGAGUCGCUCCAGUUUCACAAAGCGUUGUGAAUCAGUGAAUACAGUAGUGUCAUUUCUCUGGUGGUUACUUGGCUUUUAUUGGGUAGUCUCUGGUGGUGAUGCUCUCCUGCAAAAUGCUCCUAGAUUGUACUGGUUGGCGGUGGUUUUUCUGGCAUUUGAUGUCUUCUUUGCCAUCUUUUGUGUUGUUUUGGCAUGUUUGAUUGGCAUUGCCCUCUGUUGCUGUUUGCCAUGUAUUAUUGCAAUUCUUUAUGCCGUUGCAGGGCAGGAGGGUGCAUCAGAAGCAGACCUCAGUAUUCUUCCAAAAUAUAAGUUUCAAGUAUCUAGUAAUGAGGAAAAGCCUUGUGUGGGAGCUGGAAAAAUGGUUCCUGUAGGAACAAGCAGCGGAUACUUAGCAACUGAACGCAUUCUUUUAGCUGAGGAUUCUGAGUGCUGUAUAUGUCUUGUCUCCUAUGACGAUGGAGACGAACUCCAUGCUCUCCCCUGCAACCACCAUUUUCAUUCCACAUGUAUUGUGAAAUGGCUCAAGAUGAACGCGACGUGUCCACUCUGCAAGUACAACAUUCUCAAAGGAAAUGAACAGGUUUAGAGGAAUUAUAGUGAUCUGCCAAUAUUUUAUUUCGUCUUCCCAAUGUUAUGUACAUAAAAUGUCGAGGCAGAAAGAAGAGCAAAGCAUAGUGUUACUUUAUUGAGUCAACAGAUUUCUAUUUUAGGUGAUUUGGAGAUCUCCAAGUGCUUGUUUCUGUAUAUGCUCUUUCCCGAUUGUGCAAAACUUAGCAAUCACUUUGCAGGGCUCCAAAAUCAUGUUUGUUUUUGUGUAGACAGGAAGAAAUGAUUGUUUGCAAUUUGGCAUAUUGAACUCACAGUCAUAAUUUGAGGCUGCUUUUGUCUCUGUUCUGGAAUGUAGGUAAUGAUGACAUGAAUCUUUCUAUUUUUCUUGCUCAUAAUACUACUCUUUAUAAUCUGUA